AUGGGCUUUGUGGAUGCCAUUUUUAUUCUUGAUCAGACCCAGUUUCCCAUCCUGCAUCACACACUCAAGCCGGAGGUGCCAUCUUUUGACUAUGUGCGUAGCCAGUUACUGAUUGCAAAACGGGAGCUUCUUUCGAAAUGCGGCGUCGACAUUUCCACAGAGUUCAGUACAAACGAGAUCUUUGACUCAAGUCCCUCGAUGCUAAACCUCUCUACCGCAGGUAGCACUCUUCACGGGACCACCAGUGACUAUGUGACGCUAGAUCCGGUUUUCAAACUGGACAGUGACUGGCUUGUCUCGUGGUGCAAGAUUGACGGGCUUUACUUUCUCACACUAGGAACAGCGCCGCAGGAAUUUCUAGAAGUUGUGUCUGACGACGAGGCCGACGAGGCCGAAGACCAUGAAGAGGCAGAAGAGGACGACGGAGAGGAUUAUGCGUUGACAAAAAAUGCCGGAUCCACUGCAGAUGGUUCCAAUAUGCACUCUCGCGGAGAGUAUAGCCCAUUAAGUGAUGAAGAAGAAGAAGAA